AUGGGUCUUAACUUGGAGGAAAUCUAUGGCCAAUCUUUAGUUGAAGAGCAGAAACCUCACGAGUAUUCAGAGUACCAACCAAAGCAAGGCUAUGGCUGGGCCAACACCUUGCCCGAGCGGCAGGGUCUCUACGAUCCUGAAUAUGAAAAAGAUGCUUGUGGUGUAGGCUUUGCUGCUCACAUCAAGGGCAAGCCAAGCCACAAGAUUGUCAGCGAUGCUCGGAAUCUGCUUUGUAACAUGACGCAUCGUGGAGCGGUGGGCUCUGAUGCUCGAGACGGUGAUGGUGCUGGUGUGAUGACUAGUAUCCCCCAUAAGUUCUUUAUUAAAAAUUUCGCUCGUGAGGUUGGAGUUGACCUCCCUCCACUGGGCCAGUAUGCCGUUGGCAACCUGUUUUUCAAGCCCGACCCCGAAUCCCUCAAGGAGUCCACAGCAAGCUUUGAAGAAAUCGCAACAUCCCUUGGAUUGCGCGUGCUGGGCUGGCGUGAGGUUCCUUGCGACUCCACCAUUCUGGGUCCGGCUGCUCUCUCUCGUGAGCCUAUUAUCAUGCAGCCGUUCGUCGUGCUGAAGUCAGCGUACGGUGAUGGAAACAAGCCAGAGGUUACUGACCCCGAGUCUUUUGACGAGAAGAAAUUCGAGCUUCAGUUGUAUGUUCUACGGAAGCGGGCAACCCAUGUCAUCGGUCUUGCCAACUGGUUCUACCUCUGCUCCUUGAGUAACAGAAACAUUGUCUACAAGGGUCAAUUGGCCCCCAUCCAGGUGUACCAGUAUUACCACGACUUGCUCAACGUGGACUAUGAAGGCCACUUUGCUCUCGUCCACUCUCGUUUCUCUACAAACACAUUCCCCUCUUGGGACCGUGCACAGCCUUUGCGGUGGGCUGCCCACAACGGUGAAAUCAACACUCUGCGCGGAAACAAGAACUGGAUGCGGGCUAGAGAAGGUGUGCUCAGGUCUGAGAUUUUCGGUGAUGAGCUGGAUUCGCUGUACCCCAUUGUUGAGGAAGGUGGUUCCGACUCGGCUGCCUUUGACAAUGUUUUGGAGUUGCUCAUGAUCAACGGUGUUUUGUCGCUGCCCGAGGCGGUCAUGAUUAUGAUACCCGAAGCCUGGCAGGACAACCCAGCCAUGGGACCUGCAAAGACUGCCUUCUACGAAUGGGCUGCUUGCCAAAUGGAGCCUUGGGAUGGCCCUGCUCUCUUUACAUUCUCGGAUGGGCGAUACUGCGGUGCAAAUCUUGACCGUAACGGUCUGCGCCCUUGCCGUUUCUAUGUUACAGACGAUGACCGUAUCAUCUGUGCGUCAGAAGUGGGUGCUGUCGACGUUGACCCCGAACGAGUGAUCCAAAAGGGUCGCCUGCAACCUGGCAAGAUGCUCCUGGUUGACACUGUGGCUGGCCGCAUCAUUGAUGACUCUGAACUGAAGCAAACUGUUGCUAACCGCCAGAACUUUGCUGCAUGGCUGGAUAAAGAACUUCUGAAGCUGCCAGCUAUCAACGAGAAGCUCAUCGAGCAGAACAUCAACCUUGGCUACAAUAUUGACGACACCACAGUGCAGAAUGACCCCCGACUUAAGGCUUUCGGCUACUCCUUUGAACAGGUCAGUCUGCUCCUCGGCCCCAUGGCUGCGGACUCGAAGGAAGCACUUGGUUCCAUGGGUAACGAUGCCCCGCUGGCCUGUAUUGCUGAACAGCCUCGCCUUCUUUACGAAUACUUCCGCCAGCUUUUCGCGCAGGUAACCAACCCGCCUAUUGAUCCUAUCAGAGAGGCCGUCGUCAUGUCUCUGGAGUGCUACGUCGGUCCCCAGGGUAAUCUUUUGGAAAUGGACCCAUCCCAGUGCCGCCGCCUGCUUCUCCCGUCUCCCGUCUUGACCAUCCCCGAGUUCAAUGCCCUGAAGAACGUCACCCAGGUCCACAAAGACUGGACUGUGAAGACCAUCGACAUCACCUUCGAGAAGAAGAAGGGAGUCCCAGGGUACAUGGAGGCUCUCGAUGCUAUCUGCGAUGCCACUACCGAGGCCAUUCAGAACGGUGAUAAGGUUAUUGUACUGUCUGACCGUGCUACUUCGGAAGACCGCGUUCCUGUCUCUGCUCUUCUGGCCACUGGUCUUGUCCAUCACCACUUGGUUCGCAACAAGUGGAGGUCUCUGGCCGCUCUGGUUGUCGAGACUGCAGAGGCUCGUGAAGUUCACCACCUGUGUGUUUUGGUUGGUUAUGGUGCCGAUGCCGUCAACCCCUAUCUGGCUAUGGAAUGUAUCCUGAAGAUGAACCGUGAGAAGUUGAUCCGCAAGCAGCUUCCCGAUGAAAAGGUCAUUGAUAACUACAAGGCCUCCUGUGAUGGUGGUAUCCUGAAAGUCAUGAGCAAGAUGGGUAUCUCUACUCUGCAGUCGUACAAGGGUGCUCAAAUUUUUGAGGCGCUUGGUAUUGAUGAUAGCGUCAUUGACCGUUGCUUUGCUGGAACCGCAAGCCGAAUCCGAGGCUUGACUUUUGAGCUCAUCGCACAGGACGCCUUUGCUUUCCACGAAAAGGGCUUCCCGUCCCGUUCCAUCGUCGAGAUUCCUGGACUCCCCGAAUCCGGCGAAUACCACUGGCGUGAUGGUGGCGAACAGCACAUCAAUGACCCAAUCAGCAUUGCUAAUAUUCAAGAUGCUGUGCGCACAAAGAAUGACAAAUCCUAUGAGGCUUAUGCCAAGGAUGCACAUGAACGUAUCAAGGACUGCACUCUCCGUGGAAUGCUUGAUUUCGACUUUGAGCAGCGUACACCUAUCCCGAUUGACCAGGUUGAACCUUGGACUGAGAUUGUCCGCCGAUUUGUGACUGGUGCUAUGUCCUACGGGUCUAUUUCCAUGGAAUCUCACUCGACCCUGGCUAUCGCUAUGAACCGUCUUGGUGGUAAGUCUAAUACCGGAGAGGGUGGCGAAGACUCCGAGCGGAGCAAGAGGAUGGAGAAUGGAGACACCAUGCGGUCCGCGAUUAAGCAGAUUGCUUCAGGCCGUUUCGGUGUGACUUCCCACUACUUGGCCGAUGCCGAUGAACUGCAGAUCAAGAUGGCCCAAGGCGCAAAGCCCGGUGAAGGUGGUGAGCUACCGGGUCAUAAGGUUGUUGGCCCUAUCGCUCACACUCGUUACUCGACCCCUGGUGUCGGUCUGAUCUCACCACCACCUCACCACGACAUUUACUCCAUUGAGGAUCUUAAGCAACUCAUCUACGAUCUAAAGUGCUCUAACCCCCGUGCGCGUGUAUCCGUCAAACUUGUUUCGGAAGUUGGAGUAGGAAUUGUCGCCUCUGGUGUUGCCAAGGCCAAGGCCGAUCACGUCUUGAUUUCUGGGCACGAUGGUGGUACCGGCGCUUCUCGCUGGACCGGUAUCAAGUAUGCCGGUCUUCCAUGGGAACUGGGCCUUGCUGAGACUCAUCAAACUUUGGUUCUGAACGACCUGCGUGGCCGUGUGGUUGUGCAGACUGAUGGUCAACUUCGUACUGGUCGUGAUCUCGCUGUUGCAUGUCUGCUUGGAGCCGAAGAAUAUGGCUUUGCCACGACUCCCUUGAUUGCCAUGGGUUGCGUGUUUAUGAGAAAAUGCCAUUUGAAUACUUGUCCUGUCGGUAUUGCGACCCAGGAUCCCGAGUUGAGGAAGAAGUUCCAGGGCACGCCCGAGCACGUGAUCAACUUCUUCUACUAUGUCGCCAAUGAGAUGCGCGCAAUCAUGGCCAAGCUUGGUAUCCGUACUGUCAAUGAGAUGAUUGGACGCGCCGAGCUGCUGAGGGUCAGAGACGAUCUCCGGAAUGCUAAGCAGGAGAGAAUCGAUCUUUCGCUCAUUCUUACCCCCGCUCACUCGCUUCGUCCUGGUGUUGCGACGUACAACGUUCGCAAGCAAGACCACCGUCUUCAUACUCGCCUUGACAACAAGUUGAUUGCUGAAUCCGAACUUGCGUUGGAGAAGGGCCUGCCUUGCAGAGUCGAGUGUGAUGUUGUCAACACUGACCGUGGUCUGGGUGCCACCCUGUCUUACCAGAUCAGUCGUCGCUACGGCGAAGCUGGUCUUCCGCAAGAUACCAUCCAUGCCAACAUUAAGGGAUCUGCUGGUCAAUCCUUCGGUGCUUAUCUUGCCCCAGGUGUCACUCUUGAACUUGAGGGUGAUUCCAACGACUAUGUCGGUAAGGGUCUUUCGGGAGGUCGUCUCAUCAUCUACCCACCUCGUGGCGCUGCAUUCAAGGCAGAGGAGAACGUCAUUGUCGGUAACACCUGUCUUUAUGGUGCUACUAGGGGUACCUGUUACUUCCGUGGUAUGGCAGCUGAGCGUUUUGCUGUUCGUAACUCUGGUGCUACUGCUGUCGUUGAAGGUGUUGGUGACCACGGCUGUGAGUACAUGACCGGCGGCCGUGUUCUCGUCCUGGGCUCUACUGGACGUAACUUUGCUGCUGGUAUGUCUGGUGGUAUUGCCUACAUUCUGGACGUGAACGAGGACCUUCACUCCAAGGUCAACAUGGAAAUGGUUGAGGUUUCGGGUCUUGAAGAUCCUACUGAAAUCGCCUUCGUUCGCGGUUUGAUCGAAGACCACCACCACUACACUGGCUCUGAGCUUGCUGCCCGUGUUCUCUUGGACUUUACCCGUGCUCUCCCUCACUUUGUCAAGGUUCUUCCCAUUGACUACAAGCGAACUCUGGAGGAGGAAGCUGCCAAGGCCGCGGCUGCUAAGAAGGCGGAAUUCACGCUUCCUCAGCUGCCUAGCACACCGGCCAACGCCGAGAAGCCCAAGCACAAGACUGAGGGAGAUGCCAAGAAGGCUGAAAUGCUGGAUAUUGAGGACAGUAUCAGCGACUCGAAAACCGAGAAGAAGCGCUCGGCUCUUGUUCUUGAUAAGACCAGGGGCUUCAUGAAAUAUAGCCGUCGCAGCGAGAAAUACCGCAACCCGGUGACCCGUACCCGAGACUGGGCUGAGCUUUCCAACCGGCUAAGUGAGGAUGAGCUUAAGUACCAAUCUGCUCGUUGCAUGGACUGUGGUGUUCCCUUCUGCCAGUCUGACACUGGUUGCCCAAUCUCCAACAUCAUUCCCAAGUGGAACGAACUCGUUUUCCAGAACCAGUGGCAGGAUGCUUUGAACCGUUUGCUCAUGACCAACAACUUCCCCGAGUUUACCGGGCGUGUCUGCCCUGCUCCUUGUGAAGGUGCCUGUGUCUUGGGUAUCAAUGAAGACCCCGUUGGUAUCAAGUCUAUCGAGUGUGCCAUCAUCGACCGUGGAUUCGAGAUGGGCUGGAUGGUCCCUCGCCCCCCUAAGACCCGUACUGGCCGUACUAUUGCUGUCAUUGGAUCUGGCCCCGCUGGUCUUGCAGCUGCUGAUCAACUCAACCGUGCUGGCCACAGCGUCACUGUUUAUGAGCGUGCUGACCGUAUUGGUGGCCUGCUCAUGUAUGGUAUCCCCAACAUGAAGCUUGACAAGAAGGUCGUGCAGCGUCGUGUUGACUUGAUGGCUGCUGAGGGCGUUAAGUUUGUUACCAGCGUUGCCGUUGGCCCUGAUAGCGAGGUUUCCUUGCAGUCCUUGCGCCGGACCAACGACGCAGUCAUCAUUGCCACCGGUGCUACAGUCGCUCGUGACCUAAAGGUUACCGGCCGUGAACUUGACGGAGUUCACUUUGCCAUGCAAUUCUUGCACCGUAACACCAAGUCGCUCCUUGACUCUGGUCUUUCCGAUGGCGAGUACAUCUCCGCCAAGGACAAGCACGUCGUUGUCAUUGGUGGUGGUGACACUGGUAAUGACUGCAUUGGUACCUCUGUGCGUCAUGGUGCUAAGUCUGUCACCAACUUCGAGUUGCUGCCCCAGCCUCCCCCGGAGCGUGCCCGUGACAACCCAUGGCCCCAAUGGCCCCGCAUCUACCGUGUCGACUACGGUCAUUCCGAGGUCAAGACCCAUAUGGGCAAGGACCCCCGUGAGUACUGUGUCAUGUCCAAGGAAUUCGUCGACGACGGUAGCGGUCGUGUCAAGGGUAUCAACACUGUCCGUAUUGAAUGGACCAAGAGUGCUACUGGCGGCUGGGACAUGAAGACCGUCGAGGGCAGUGAGCAAUUCUUCCCUGCUGACCUUGUUCUUCUUUCUAUGGGAUUCUUGGGCCCCGAGGACCGUCUUCUGGGUGAUGAAAUCGAGCGUGAUGCUCGCAAGAACGUCAAGACACCUCCUGGCCACUACGCCUCCAACAUUCCUGGCGUCUUCGCUGCAGGUGAUUGCCGACGUGGACAGUCUCUCAUUGUCUGGGGUAUCAACGAGGGUCGUCAAUGCGCUCGCGAAGUUGACACCUACCUCAUGGGCAUUAGCUCUCAGCUUCCUGUCACUGGCGGUAUUGUUCGCCGGCCUGCUAUCGAUGCAGUUCCCCAGUCUGCUGAGCAAGUUGUCUCUGCAUAG